GCGCGAGGGGGGAGGUAAACAAGAUGGCGACAGCCUUGAAGCAGCUGCAUCAAUAAAAGCUGGAGCGGAGAAAUUGGUUAUAGUGCUGGAGUGACAACACUAACAGCGCUCAGACCGAGGAGUUUCAGGUCUUGGCUUGUUAGUGUCCGCGUGCUGAGGUUUUUUUUUUGGAUGUCCUAAGACAAGCACUGUUUGCGGUUUGCCAUAGGAGGUCAUCCAGAAGAAGCUAUCUACAGCAUCUAUAGAGUACACCAAAGAAGUGCUUGCUGGACCUAUAAACACAACAUUGCUGUUACUGGACUGUGAAGAUGUGUCUUGGCUUGAAGUAUCUGCUGCUAUAGAGUUCAUCAUCCCAUCCGUCGUGCAGAAGGAAUAGACUGCAGGCCCAAGGCCGGAUUUCACCUCGGGAACUGGUUUACUUUGCACUGGAUAUGUUGUCAGAGAUGAAUAAGGGCCCAGUCAUACCAAAUGUAGGCUAAUACCAGCCUUCUUGUAAUUGGACAGCAUCUUUUGGACACUAAAAGGUUGGUGGUGAGUGAAGUGAAGGGUUCCUGUUUGGGUUUUCUUUUUUUUUUUUUUUUCCUCUCUUCUUUUUCUUUCUUUUUUUUUUUUUUUUACUCCUCUAUCUUUUAUAUUUUGCACUGGACCUCCCUGGCUCCUUUCCCAGUUAAAACUCUGCUGAGCCCUCUUUCUUCCCCUCCUGGCAACGACUGCCACUCAUGUUUACUGUCCCUCUGUAUCUGAGCCUGUUUGAAAGCAAUGCUGUUGCCGCCCUCAUUCAGGCAUGAAUCAUCUCUGAUGCCGAUCUAGUGAGUUCCUCUUCUCUCCCUCCCCACCCUCGAUCAGACUGAAUUUCUGGAUUCAGACCCCACCCCAUACUAACUGAGUUGCACCGGGGGGAUUUGUGGGAGAAAAGAGUGAAAGUAAGCAAGGGGGUCACGAGAGAAGAUGAGCGUCGGCGAGCUUCAGCAUCUGGACUACCUGACUGAGAAUGAGCUUAUGGGCAUGGACACUUUUAUCCACCGCAUCGACUCCACCGAGGUGAUCUACCAGCCACGGCGCAAGCGAGCCAAGCUGAUCGGAAAGUACCUGAUGGGGGACCUGCUGGGCGAGGGCUCCUACGGCAAGGUCAAGGAGAUGCUGGACUCAGAGACUCUGUGCAGGAGAGCUGUGAAGAUCCUCAAGAAGAAGAAGCUCAGGAGGAUCCCUAAUGGAGAGGCCAAUGUGAAAAAGGAAAUUCAGCUGCUACGAAGACUACAGCAUAAAAAUGUGAUCCAUUUGGUGGAUGUGUUGUACAAUGAAGAGAAGCAGAAAAUGUAUAUGGUAAUGGAGUACUGCGUUUGUGGCAUGCAGGAAAUGUUGGACAGUGUUCCAGAGAAAAGGUUUCCAGUAUUUCAAGCUCACGGGUACUUUUGCCAGCUCUUGGACGGCCUUGAAUAUUUGCACAGCCAGGGAAUCGUUCACAAAGACAUUAAACCAGGGAAUUUGCUGCUGACCACAGAUGGGGCUUUAAAGAUCUCAGACCUGGGCGUAGCAGAGGCUCUUCACCCGUUUGCGGAGGACGACACGUGCUGGACGAGUCAGGGCUCGCCGGCGUUCCAGCCACCAGAGAUCGCCAACGGCCUGGACACCUUUUCAGGGUUUAAAGUGGACAUCUGGUCCGCCGGGGUCACACUAUACAACAUUACGACGAGCCUGUACCCGUUCGAGGGGGAUACCAUCUAUAAGCUAUUUGAAAACAUUGGCAAGGGAGAUUACACUAUUCCGGAGGAGUGCGGCCCGCUGCUGACAGACCUGUUGAAAGGAAUGCUUGAAUAUGAUCCUGUGAAGAGAUUCUCAAUACAGCAAAUUAGGCAACACAAUUGGGUGAGGAAGAAACACCCUCCCUCAGAGCCCCCCGUGCCCAUCCCACCCAGCGCAGAGACCCGCGACGUCUGGAGGAGCAUGACCGUGGUGCCCUACCUGGAGGAUCUUCAUGGAUAUGGCGAUGAAGAGGAGGAUGAUGAGAUGUUUGAUGGAGAGGAUGAGAUCAUCUAUACUCAGGACUUCACAGUGCCAGGGCAGGUUGGACCAGAGGAGGAGGAAGAGUGUGUUCCGGAGCGUAGCCGUACGGUGGCAAAGCCUGUUUGUGUGAACGGGACAGAGACGGGAGCGCUGAAACCCAAAUCGGAGCGCCGCUCCAGCUCCUCCUCCAACCCCUCCCGGAAGGGCGUGUCCACCGCCAGCAAGAUCCGCAAACUCUCCACCUGCAAACAGCAAUGACCCCGCCCCUUAUUCUCCUCUGUCUCCACACCUGCCUCUCGCUCUGUACAGAUCGGACCGGUUCCGUUUCAUCCCGGCAGAUUUCCAGGCGGUGCACAAAAGGCUGCAAUUUCAGAGAGAGAGCAGAAAAAACAAGAACACAGGCAAAGGUUGAGUGGUCCUUUUGAAGGGGUUUGUUACACCACAAAUUCAAAGAACAACACACAAAUCAUGGCACACAUUUUUGUUUGGAGACAUAUUUGAGCAUAUUGAACAAAUACCGCAGCUGCAGUGUGGCUUUUAGGUAUGCAAAAGUGCAAGUAAACUCUAUCUCUAUGUAAACUAAAUUUGUAAUCUUUUACACCCAGUUACCUUUCUUCAGGGUUUGUACGGUCAUGAAAAAUCUGGAAAAGUCAUGGAACUUGAAAACAGCAAAUUCCAGGCCUGGAUUAGUUUUUGAAAAAUAAAAAUACCCAAAACGUUUUGGAAAAGCCAUGGAAAUUUGAUCCACAAUCUUUCUGUUUACUGUUGGAAAAAAAAUCUAUUUCAAGCUGAAAAAUAUGUCAGCUUAGAGUUAAUUCAGUAAUUUAACCCUACACAAUGGAGCUCUCAGGAUCUAACUCACAUUUUUUUAUUAAAGAUUGUGUGUUUUUGUUGAUGUUUUAAACACGUAUAAUAUUAGCAAGUGUGCAGAUGCUGAAGCAGAUGUUUGUUACAGGAGUUUUUCAAAGAUGAUGUUUAUAUAUAUAUAUAUAUAUAUAUAAAUAAAUAAAUCAGGUCUGGAUGAUUUUAAUGAUGGUCUUUUUUUUAAGCGUAAGCUGUUCUGUAUUCUGAUUAAGGAAUGUUUAUAGGGAACAGAAGCUCAGCGCUGAUCAUUAACGCCGUCUCUCUGCUCUCUCU